AUGAAUGCUUCCUCCGAGAAAUUACAGCCUCAUGGGUCCUUGAAAUCCUCCAUUGAGGACCGACCUGGACGAUUGAGUGGUGGGGAAUUGGGGGCACGUCUACCAAAGAGUCCCGAGACUGCGCUCAAAUAUUACGCACAAUACCUGUCUCCCUUUGAACAGUCCGAGAUUCGUCAGUAUCCCGAGAUUUAUUUCAUCGGUCCGCACGCCCAGAAACAACAAGCCACGCUGGAUGACCCGACCAACAAUUAUGGCUACGACGAUAAAAAUGGCGAUUACUUGAUCACUAUGCAAGAUCACUUGGCGUAUCGAUAUGAAAUCUUGGAUAUCCUCGGUCGUGGAUCGUUUGGCCAAGUGAUGAAAUGUUUCGAUCACCGAACGGGCUCUAUUGUGGCCCUGAAAAUGAUUCGAAAUAAUAAACGAUUCCACGCACAAGCGGUCACCGAAGUCAAACUCUUGAAAAGACUGAUUAGCUGGGAUCCCGAAGACAAAUAUCAUACGAUCCGCAUGCUGGAUUAUUUUCAUUUCCGAAAUCAUUUGUGCAUUGCAUUUGAAUGCCUUAGUAUCAACCUUUAUGAAUUCAUUAAGAGCAAUAAUUACCAAGGGUUCAGUCUCAGCUUAAUUAAGAGAUUCACGAUUCAACUUUUACGGACGCUGUGUCUGUUGCAGAAGCAUGGGGUUAUCCAUUGUGAUUUGAAACCCGAGAAUAUUUUGCUCAAACAGCCAGCUAAAACUGUGAUCAAAGUCAUUGAUUUUGGCAGCAGUUGCCUCGAAAGUCAAAAAGGCGAGUAUUCGGUGCUGAACAAAGUAAAAAGGCGCGAUGCUGACAUCUCUAUAGUGUACACGUACAUCCAAAGCCGUUUCUACCGUGCUCCCGAAAUUAUCCUGGGCAUGGAUUAUACGAUUGCGAUCGAUAUGUGGAGCUUGGGAUGUAUUUUGGCCGAACUGUAUACGGGAGUACCGCUCUUUCCCGGUGAGAACGAACAGCAACAACUUGCUUGCAUUUUGGAGAUCCUGGGACUACCGAAGCAUUACCUUAUUGAAAAGAGUUCGCGGCGACAUGUUUUCUUUGACGGGUUUGAUCAUCCACGCCUGAUUGCGGAUUCCAAAGGGCGAAAACGAAGACCGGGAAGCAAGACAUUGUCGGACGCACUACGUUGCAACAACAGUUUAUUUGUGAACUUUAUCGAGCAGUGCCUUGACUGGGAUCCCGAGACGCGAAUGCGACCCAAUGAAGCCUUAUAUCACGAAUGGUUGUGUGAAAGCGCGUGAUCGGGUUUGCGUAAAACCUUGCCGUGAACAUGAUUUUCACUAUUCCUUCAAUGUGUACACAUAAAAGCAAUUUAAUUUUUCAUUUCAUUAUUGUUGUUUGUUAAUUUCCUUUGAUAGAUACCAUUCUUUAUCAAAUGAUACAAUCCUGAUUAUGCUUCUACCCAAAUUUG